UGUCAGUCCAGGGCUCCGAGAGGAGAGCAACAGCCCAGAGAGAGAGAGAGAGAGAGAGAGAGAGAGGGGUUAGAGAGAGAGCAAGUGUGAACUCAGGGGGUUGCCAGUUUUUAAUCCUAAUCCCACACUUCAAGAAAGUGCCUCUCCGUUUCAGCGAGGAUGGAGGUCGCGCACACCAAAGAGUCUGGGGAGGUUCUGUCCUACUUUGGCGUCACUGAAGAGAUUGGCCUUUCGCCUGAGCAGGUUAAGAAAAACCUGGACAAGUAUGGCUUCAACGAGCUGCCAGCGGAGGAGGGAAAGAGUAUCUGGGAGUUGGUGGUGGAACAGUUUGAGGACCUGUUGGUCAGAAUCUUACUGCUGGCCGCCUGCAUCUCUUUUGUACUGGCUUGGUUUGAAGAAGGUGAGGAAACUGUCACUGCCUUUGUCGAACCCUUCGUCAUCCUCCUCAUCCUCAUUGCAAAUGCUAUCGUUGGAGUGUGGCAGGAGCGCAAUGCAGAGAGUGCCAUUGAGGCUCUGAAGGAGUACGAGCCUGAGAUGGGGAAGGUUUACCGGUCGGACAGGAAGAGCGUGCAGAGAAUCAAGGCCAGGGAGAUUGUUCCUGGUGAUGUAGUGGAAGUUUCUGUUGGUGACAAAGUGCCAGCAGACAUCAGGCUCAUCUCCAUCAAAUCAACAACCCUGCGUGUGGACCAGUCCAUUCUCACUGGUGAGUCUGUCAGUGUGAUCAAGCACACUGAUGCUGUUCCAGACCUCCGAGCCGUCAACCAGGACAAGAAGAACAUGCUGUUCUCUGGCACCAAUAUCGCAGCUGGAAAGGCCACUGGUAUUGUUGUUGCAACUGGCGUUGCCACUGAAAUCGGUAAAAUUCGUGACCAGAUGGCUGCCACUGAGCAGGAGAAGACCCCUCUGCAGCAGAAACUGGACGAGUUUGGAGAGCAGCUCUCCAAGGUCAUCUCCCUCAUUUGUGUGGCUGUGUGGAUAAUCAACAUUGGCCAUUUCAAUGACCCCGUCCACGGAGGAUCCUGGUUCCGUGGUGCUAUCUACUAUUUCAAGAUUGCUGUGGCUCUGGCUGUGGCUGCCAUCCCUGAAGGCCUGCCAGCCGUCAUCACCACCUGCCUGGCUCUGGGAACACGUCGUAUGGCCAAGAAGAACGCCAUUGUCAGAAGCCUGCCCUCUGUGGAGACCCUGGGCUGCACCUCAGUCAUCUGCUCUGACAAGACCGGUACCCUCACCACCAACCAGAUGUGUGUAACUAAGAUGUUCAUCAUUGAUAAAGUCGACGGUGACGGUGUUUCCCUCGGUCAGUUUGACAUCUCUGGCUCAAAGUACACCCCAGAAGGAGAAGUUACAAGGAAUGGAGUGUCUACAAAGUGCGGACAGUAUGACGGACUGGUUGAGCUGGCUACCAUCUGUGCUCUGUGCAAUGACUCUUCUCUGGACUACAACGAGUCCAAGGGUAUUUAUGAGAAAGUGGGUGAGGCCACUGAAACAGCCCUGUGCUGUUUGGUGGAGAAGAUGAAUGUGUUCAACACUGAAGUGCGUGGCCUGUCCAAGGUGGAAAGGGCAAAUGCGUGUUGUGCUGUGAUCAAGCAGCUGAUGAGGAAGGAGUUCACCCUGGAGUUCUCCAGAGACAGGAAGUCCAUGUCAGUUUACUGCUCUCCUGCCAAGUCCGCCAAAGCUCCUGUGGGAAACAAGAUGUUUGUCAAAGGUGCUCCAGAAGGUGUCAUUGACCGUUGCACGUACAUUCGUGUGGGCACCACUCGUGUACCCCUGACUGGCCCAGUCAAAGACCACAUCAUGUCAGUCAUCAAAGAGUGGGGCACCGGGCGCGACACCCUCCGCUGUUUGGCACUGGCCACCUGCGACUCACCUUUGAGAAAGGAGGAGAUGAAGCUGGAGGACUCCACCAAGUUUGUAGAAUAUGAGACUGACUUGACUUUCGUGGGCUGUGUUGGCAUGCUCGACCCUCCUCGGAAAGAAGUUGUGGGUUCCAUUGAGCUGUGCAAGGCUGCUGGCAUACGUGUCAUCAUGAUCACUGGUGACAACAAAGGCACAGCUGUGGCCAUCUGCCGUCGCAUUGGCAUCUUCUCAGAGGAUGAGGAUGUCACUGGCAAAGCCUUCACUGGUCGUGAGUUUGAUGACCUCUCUCUAUAUGAUCAGAAGACUGCUGUCCGAAAUGCUGGCUGCUUUGCCAGAGUGGAACCGUCCCACAAGUCUAAGAUCGUUGAGUUCCUGCAAGGCUUUGAUGAGAUUACUGCCAUGACCGGUGAUGGAGUGAACGAUGCCCCUGCCUUGAAGAAGGCGGAGAUUGGCAUCGCCAUGGGCUCUGGCACUGCCGUUGCCAAGUCUGCCUCUGAAAUGGUCCUGGCUGACGACAACUUCUCUUCCAUUGUGUCUGCCGUUGAGGAGGGCAGAGCCAUUUACAACAACAUGAAGCAGUUCAUCCGCUACCUCAUCUCCUCCAAUGUAGGCGAGGUUGUCUGUAUCUUCCUGACCGCUGCCCUGGGUCUGCCUGAGGCUCUGAUCCCCGUCCAGCUGCUGUGGGUCAACCUUGUGACUGACGGUCUGCCUGCCACAGCUCUGGGCUUCAACCCUCCAGAUCUAGACAUCAUGGGCAAGGCACCCCGCUCCCCCAAAGAGCCCCUCAUCUCUGGCUGGCUCUUCUUCAGAUAUAUGGCCAUUGGAGGCUACGUUGGUGCUGCCACUGUCGCAGCAGCUGCCUGGUGGUUCUUAUACUGUGACGAAGGACCAAUGAUCACCUUCCACCAGCUGUCACACUUCAUGCAGUGCAGUGAGGAUAACGAGGACUUUGAAGGCAUCCACUGCGAGGUGUUUGAGGCAGCUCCUCCAAUGACCAUGGCUCUGUCUGUGCUGGUCACCAUCGAGAUGUGCAAUGCUCUGAACAGCUUGUCUGAGAACCAGUCCCUGAUGCGCAUGCCCCCCUGGAGCAACGGCUGGCUGGUGGCCGCCAUGACCCUCUCCAUGUCCCUUCACUUCAUGAUCAUCUACGUCGACCCCCUGCCCAUGAUCUUCAAGCUUACCCACUUGAACGUUGAACAGUGGAUGAUGGUGUUGAAGCUCUCCUUCCCCGUCAUCCUCAUUGAUGAGCUUCUCAAGUUUGUGGCUCGCACAUACCUGGAGGGGAAAGUCUAGCGGUAAAGUGUGACAGAGAGCGGCUGAAGCAGAGAGAGCGGAGACUCAGGGUGGAGAGAAAAGGCUGAGCGCUCCCCAGAGAGAGCUGCCAAAAGUCACUUGACCUGAUCAAAACAGCAAGUGGCAUGAAUACAGAAGAAAACAGCCAUCUGAAAAUACACCAAGAAUGCUGCAAAAUAUUUUUUCUGUGUAUGUACUGAAGUUAAUAUAUAGGUAAGAAGAGUUAUUAAAACUAUUGUGUUGAUUCUAUUCUUAAAGAAUAAAGAUAUGUAUUAAAGAAA